AUGAGGGUGUGUUACGAGCUGCACAAGGCACCUAUCCGCCACCUCCAGAGUCUCUUUUCAUCUUCGUGCUUUCUUGGGAUCCUUUUGGUGGCCCUAGUGCUCCUGCUACCUAUAAGCUCCGAUGCCUGUGGUGCUCCACCAAGAUAUAUAUCUAUGAUGCUCCAAGAUCAACCUAAUGAUGUUUAUCAACCCGGGGACCGUGUAGAAUAUCAGUGUCGCCCAGGAUACAUGCAUACUCUUUAUCCUCUAUUCUUGUCUUCUGUUUGUCAGCCUGAUAACACAUGGGAACCUCUCCAUGAGGCUUGUACAAAAAAACCAUGCCCACAGCUAAGAGAUCCCACAAAUGGUCAAGUGGUCUACGUAAAUGGAACUCACCAGUUUGGUUCACAGGCUCACUAUGUUUGUAAUGAUGGUUAUUACUUAAUUGGGACAAAAAUUCUCUACUGUGAGCUUUCUGGAACUACUGUGGAAUGGAGUGGAAAUCCCCCACAGUGUGAAAGAAUUUUGUGUAAACCACCUGGACAAAUAGCAAAUGGAAUAUACACCAAUAGCCACAAGGACACAUUUCAAUAUAAUGAAGUAGUAAUUUAUGUUUGCAAUCCUUCAAAUGGACCAGAUGAAUAUUCCCUUGUUGGAGAGAGCAGGCUUGUCUGUUCUGGGCAUAACCACUGGAGCAGUGACCCUCCUGAAUGUAAAGUGGUCAAAUGUCAAUAUCCAGUGCUUGCAAAUGGAAGACUGGUGUCAGGAGUUGGAAAAACAUUUUACUACAAGAUAAUGGUUAUAGUUGAAUGCCUGAAGGGUUUUUACCUUGAGGGCAGUAACAUUAUCUCAUGUGGACCUAACAAUACUUGGGAGCCUGCAAUGCCAACAUGUGUUAAAGGUUCUCAGCACACUACAUACAUCACGUAG